UACUAACAGUGCUUAACAUUUCUGAUGAUAGUUUCGACUUUACGUGAAAAUGGUGAAAAAAUUUGUGAUUCCUUUAGUAAAGGACGAACUUUUAACGUCACAUGCUGGGCAGUACUUUGUCGAAGAGAUUACUCCUUUACGGGCGCUAUCUCAAGCUCUUGAUUCUACACGAUUAGCAUUGCAAUCAAAUGGAGCACAUUUUAUUUUGAAUCAUUUUGACACAUUUUUUUCUGUUAUUGUUCAUGGCAAUAAAGUGGAACUCCAGGUCUGUCUACGUUCUUUCAAUAGAAUUCACAAGGCUGUGGAAGUACUUUUGGAUGAACAGGAAAAAAUAUUUGAUCAUGGCAAAGAUAUUACAGAGGAAGAGGAUAGGGAAACAUAUCUAUGCAUUAACAAUAUGUUGGCAUAUUUAUUUUCAUGGUUUAUCUGUCAUAUAGAAGAACAUGUAAAAAAUGUGAAUGAGAGCAAUAUUGGAAAGCGUAAGAAAGUCACGAAGUCAGAUAUUGAAGAAGAAUGGGAGCAAUCCAGGCAGAAAGCGUUGGAACUUCUGUAUAGAUGGCUACAGAUCCCAUUGCAUAAAAUAUGGAGACCACCUAUUGUUGAUAAUUCAUUUGUCAUGACUUUAGCACAGAUAUGUUAUAAGAUAUUAGAACAGAUAAAGGAUGCUAAGCAAAAACACACAAGGGAAACUAUAUUUGAGAUUCUAGGAACUUUAGUUAAAAAGUACAAUCAUGGAAUAACUUGCGUUGUGAGGAUUGUUCAGUUGGUAAAAUUAUACGAUGCACUGGCAAUACCAAUAGCGGCUGGCGUAGUACAUAUGAUUACUGAAUGUGGCUGCAAUGGUUUGAUAAAAGAAGUGAUGAAUGAGAUAGGCCAAAGCGAAGUUAACGAGACUGAUAGUCGCAAUACAUCUAUAUUUCUGGAAAAUAUCGCAAUUUCACGGCCCAAUCUCAUAAUUCCUAUCCUUGACAAUAUCACAGAUUAUCUGUCAAGUGAAUUUUAUACAAUGAGAAACUGUGUGAUUGGAAUCUUGGGUGUCAUGGUGCAAAAAGCAUUGACCGGUGAAGACUUAACGGAUAAACAGAAAGACCAACGCGACGAAUGUCUGGAUAAUUUGGAAGAGCAUAUGUUGGAUUCUAAUGCUUACGUGAGGUCGAAAGUGCUUCAGACUUGGCAACGCUUGUGCUGUGAAGGCGCUGUGCCAUUAGCAAGACACGGGAAGCUUUUAGCCUACACCGCAUUACGAUUAGAAGAUAAGAGCGCAAAUGUUCGCAAACAGGCUCUUCAAUUACUGCGUACUCUGUUGCAAAGCAAUCCUUUCGCAGGCAAGUUAAAUUGCGUUGAACUCUCUAAUUCACUCGAUAAAGAGAAGGCAAAAUUACAAGAAUUACAAAUCAAUAUCGUGAGUGCUAGUGGACGUGGUAACGAGCAAAGGUUUCAGCUUUGGACUGUUUUACAAUCGGAUAUAAAGGCAGCAAUUAAGGAAAUUCUGAAAAAUAAUGAGGAAUAUACAGAUAAUGUAGAACAAGAGAACAUCGAUCCAAAUCAUGCGUUCGAGCAUGUAAGACAAUUAUUAUUAAGCCGAAAAGUCACUGAAGCAGUGACAUACCUGUGGAAGACAUGUAUGACACUAGAGCAAAUUUCUGAAAUGGAAAAUUUUUCCAUUGCUGCAAAAGAGGAAUUUUUACUUUCCUUUUUAUUGAAGAUUUUCAUAGAGUCAGAAAAUGAAUCGCCAAAUGAUGAAAAUGCAAACGACGCGCAAAGUUCAACUUCAGAACAAGACAACAACAGGAAGGAGGAAUUAAGAUUACGAAAGCGUGUUAUAGAUUAUUUAAAAAAUUGUCUGAAGUUUGCUACCGAGUUGGAGAAGGCGAUACCAAUAGCAGAAAAAUUACUGUUUUCUAUAUGUGCUGGAGACGCCGUUGAAUCAUGCACAUUUUUAGGAACUGCUUUCCAAUUCGGAGUAACCGGAGCGGCCGACUCUAUGCGUGAAGCUCUGUUUCAAGUAUUUCAUCGCGAUCAAUCUGUACGUAAUAACGUGGCCGUAGUGUACAAAGAGAUCUAUCUUGAUAUGAAUAACGACAAACGAUCAAUCCGUCAAAUAGCCGUUGCUCGUGCGAAUUGUUUAAUCGAAUUGAUGAAGGAAUUAAAGCCUGGACAGAGCUUGGCUUUGACACUGCUAAUCGUCACGUGGUAUGAAAACGGAGAAUUAAACAGUGAAUUGCUGCAAGUAUUAUGGGAAAAAUUCUGCAUGAAAUAUCCGGAUACUUCUCCAAUAGAUAGCAGAACCGCGUUAAUGAUAAUAACGAUGAUAGCUCAGGCAAAAUCUAACAUAGCAUCUGAUAAUCUGGAUGUGUUAAUGAAGAUAGGAUUAGGUCCACGCGCGAAUGACGACCUUCUUUUAGCACGAGAUACUUGCAGAAUGUUGUUAAAAAUCAAACAAAAUAGUAAGGAUAUCGAAAAGCCACCUUUGAGAUAUCCUAAUAAUCAUGAUAUGUUCAAAGAGAUCAUGACGUUAUUAACAGAGUUUUUUACUAGUACAGAAGAAAAUGCUUACAUUUCUUUUGCGACAGAUGCAAUUAAUGCUAUAUAUCAUUUGGCAAAUCAACCGGUUAAGUUGAUAAAAGAAUUAUUAUUGAGCAUCACCGAAAAGGGUCAGUUUAUGAAUAAAGAUACAAAUGAAAUAUUAGAUGUAUCGAGCUUUGUACUCUCCAAGUUACUUUAUAUAAUCGGACAUGUUGCCAUCACACAGUUAGUUCAUCUAGACGUGUCCAUUUAUAAGGAACUGAAGCGUAGAAAUACGCUACGAGAGAUGCAGGGUAAGAAAAAGAAACGAACAACGAAAAGCAUAUGUUUGACAUCUGAUAGGGCUAAAUCGGUGUUAUCGAACUCGUCAACCACUCAACGAGCCUCUCGAAAUAAAGAAACCUCGAUAUUCAAUGAGGAUAACGGAGAAGAAGCAUUAGAAGGCGCAGUAGACGACGCCGAGGCGGAGUUCGUAAACGGCGCACUCGAACAUGAAAUUGUUACUGGAGAUGGCUUGCUCACGAAAUAUGUGUACGUAUUGAGAAUUGCAAGAAUGACAUUCGGUUAUUAGAUAUGAAUUAAUAUACAGGAUGGCCCAUCGAAAACGAAACAGACUGAAUAACUCCUACAAAAAUGAUUUUUC